AUGCCAGCAAAUGAUGGGGCACAACGAAAGCUGUUAUCAUCAUCAUCAUCAUCAUCCCAACAGCAAGCGGAAAUGUCACUACAACAGCAACAAUUUGAUACUUCUUCAGUUGAUGCUAGCGGUACUGUUUCAGCAACACCAACAACAACUCCUAGCAAUUUGAAUGCUGAAUUUUUUCAUUGCCUGACACAAAAUCUGUUAGCAACAACAGCAGCAGGUACCAGCAGACAACCGCAAGCAAUUGAUACCGCAACUACCGGAGCUUCGGUUGCUGCUGCUGCAUUUGGAUUGCCUAUACCGAAUGUAUCAAUGAUGUACGGCAACGUUAACCUGUACAACCUUUUCAAUCUUAAUUUGUUAACUGAACCACAGCAAAACCAUCAGCAAUCAUCAUCUCUCCUCACCGAAUACCUCAGGCAACGAACUAUGGAAGCAAACGUUCGGCAACAUCAGCAACAACGACAACAGCAACAGCAACGACAACAGCGUCCUUUGAAAGAAAAGAAACGUUGGUGUGAAUUGUGUCUGAGAGAAGUACAUAGUUCGAAACUACCAUGUCAUAUAAGGCAACAUCAUGUGGCACAACCGAUGUUUAUUUGUCCACAAUGCAAAUUUAGCUCGAGCUACUCGAAGAACAAUGUCAAAAGUCAUAUGUCAACAGUACAUGGUUUAACUGAAGAACCAAUUAGUCAUAUGGAAGAAUAUGCAGAUGAAGUGGAACAAUUGAUGAAACGAUGUUUCCCGACCGUUCGAGGUCGUGGUCGUCCGGUACACAGUAAUAUUCGACCAUCAACUGAUUCUUCAUCUUCAACAGUUAAUACGGAAUCCAAUAAUAACUCAAGACGGAAUAGCGCUAGCUCCAUAACAUCAGCCCGAUACACACAUAGUUAUCGCCGUAGGGGUAUCAAACAACCGGUGCAGGAAAUAACCCAUGAACUUUAUUCACCGGUCAGCAAUAAACGGGUCAAGAAUGAAAACAGUUACGAGAACGAAUCGGAAACAACUGUCAGUCAAACGCCGAUCGAUGCUUCCGGUCAGAGUUCACCAAGCGAGGAGGAUUCUUCAAGUACUAGCAAUGUUCCGCAUUGUGGCAUCAAAGACAAUUACAGCAAGAAUAUCGGUUACAAUCGCGGGACUAAUAGCUACUACGAUCAUAAUGAAACAAAUGGUUAUAAUGAUGAGGUCGAAAAGUAUAGAUCAUCAUCAUCCACUGUUUAUCAAAAUGGAACUGAUCAAAGUGAAACAAUUGCUAAUGACAGUUCACCAAGUUCAUCAGAGCAUGUCAAUCAUGAUGCGGAAUUAGAGACAGAAUCAAAUGAUUCAAGUGUUCAUGAUUUUGAUGAAGAAGAACAACCGUUGGGGCAUAUCGAUCAUAUUCAUCCUCGCUAUUUUCCACAAAAUGUUAACUGGUGGAUAUUGGCUAACGAUCAGCUUAAAGGAACUAUAUUUGAAAGUUUUCGAUUAAAUGAAGUACUUCAUAGAUUUCCACGACAGUCGCAUAAACUAGGCGGUAAAUUUUUUUUAACAGAAGAACAAUUUAGACGGGUGCAAGAGGUCAGGCAACAACUAUCUCUUGAUUUGACAAAACUUCGUGAUGCACUGUACAAUGGCCAGUGGGUUGUUCUGUUGAUGUCGUGA